AUAUUGAUCGAUCGUCUCAUUAAUUCAUAUAACAACACAUUCUUCGACUCAUUCGUAAAUCUAUUCGUUGCAUCGCGUCAGUAUCGAGGCCGCGAUGAGAAAGGCGCGCCUAGGCGCCUCGUGUCUCUCGUUAGAGUGCAGGACAAAGUCGAUCGAAGGUGGUGGUCGACGGCGAAGAACGCGCGCGGAGCAGGAGGGCAUCGAGGAACGCCACUGGCCACGUGACCCGUUACCAGAAUCCGCGGCGUCCGCCGAAAAUCUAAAUCCGUCCGAGCCGAGAAGAAGAGGUACCCGCCGCCGACCUCCGGGGACUCGAUGCUUGAGACCGCAAACGCGAUAGUCAAUAAUUGCCUUUAGGGUGUACCGGAUCAACAGGAGAAAUUGAACGUGAUCAUCGUCCGCGUGUGCAACUACGACCGCGAUUCGUUCGUCGAACGCAGUCCGUUCCUCAAAAACUUCCUAGGGGAGGGUAAUCAACACACAUCGGAAGAAUGAUACGCGUCGACGAAACUGAUCCAGUGGGCGAAAUCGAACCAAGCUUUCCCUAUCGAGAUGUGACGGUACGCCGGGGCGUGGAAUUCAAGGAUCAUUACGACAUUGCAUCAGAGAUCGGAAGAGGAAAAUUUGGCACCGUUUAUCGAUGUAAGGAGAAAGUGAGCGGCUUGAUGCUCGCCGCUAAGGUGGUGAACACCGCAAAAAAGGAGGACAGACGAGCCGUGGAACGAGAAGUCGAAAUUAUGAGACGAUUGCAGCAUCCACGACUUAUUCAACUCUAUGAUGCCAUCGAUAACGGCCGACAAAUAUACGUAAUUUUAGAGCUGAUUGAAGGUGGCGAACUAUUUGAAAGGGUGAUUGACGAUGAUUUUGUGUUGACUGAGCGCAGUUGCGCCGUUUUCAUGAGACAGAUCUGCGAGGGUAUAGAAUUCAUUCAUCGGCAAAAUAUUUUGCAUCUUGAUUUGAAGCCUGAAAAUAUAUUGUGUUUGACGAAAGAGGGUAACAGGAUCAAAAUCAUAGACUUUGGUCUCGCGAGGGAGUACGAUCCAAAGAAGAAGCUGCAAGUUCUAUUUGGCACGCCGGAGUUCGUUGCACCGGAAGUCGUAAAUUUCGAUCAGAUUGGCUAUGGUACCGACAUGUGGAGUAUAGGCGUCAUCUGUUACGUAUUAUUAUCCGGUUUAUCGCCAUUCAUGGGAGACACAGAUAUCGAGACAAUGGCAAACGUGACCAUCGCCAAGUAUGACUUUGAUCACGAUGCAUUCGCCAAUAUAUCGGAAGAUGCGAAAGAUUUUAUACGAUGUCUGCUGGUCAAAGACAAAGACAAACGUAUGAUGGCUAAGGAGUGCGGAGAUCAUCCCUGGUUGGCCAAGAAGUAUACGGUAUCGGGUGUACAGCAACAGGUCGAGAAAACGAUAUCGAAGCCCCAAGCAUCGAAACAUCGAAUCCCUCGCGUCCAGAUGAACAGUAUGGACGAGCUGGACAUGACCAAGGACAAUCUGAAGCUGUUCGUCGAGCGUUGGCGGGAGCAUCCUGACAGCCCGUAUUUGAUCGAUUUGCCACAAUGCAUCACGCUGCCUCAUCAUUACUCGACCCCUCGCGAUCACGAGGAAUUAGUGUCGUUAAGGGGUCACAGCCCGUCUCCCUGCGCCAGUAUUUCCAGUACCCUGUCAGAGAUGACGGACAACUCUCCUCGAGAGAGCUACGGCUCGUUCCUCGCAGUGCCAACCUUCAAUUUCGGUUUCGAAAGGAGAGCCUCUGAGGGCGUUGCAACGGAGAAGUUGAGGAGCGAUCCUGCCAGUCAGAUCGUUCUGGCUGAAGAGAUAAUCAAAUUAUCCGAACGUCUGCGAUCCAUAGCCAUGGGAGCGUGCAUGAACGAGGAGGUGGAGUCCUCCACCGCGGAGGAUAAGGUUAAUGAUAAGACGGAGAAGGUUGAGGAUAAAGAUAAAAGAAACGGCGUCAGCUCGAGGAGCAACGGUUUAAUUGGAGAGAACGCGACCGAGUGCAACGAGAUCACGGAAAAAUUGUCGAGCAUAAUGAGACACAGGAAAUUGAAUGGGACGACUUUCCAUAGUAAUCGUAAUUUUGAGAAACAUACGGAGGCGAGUAGCGGAAAUAUGUUCGCCUCGUUGAAGAAAAAGAAGAAGAAGGAAGAGGGAAGAGGCGAGGAAGGUGGAAAGGUUAGGAGGGAAUCUUUCGAGGGGCAAGUGGAAGAUUUGACGAACGAUAAGAACGAGAGAAUAUCCGGUAGAAAGGAAGGUGAGAUGGAUUUGACGCCACCGUGGCGGCGUCCACGAGUGAAACAAUUUGGCGAGACAAGUAGGGAUGUUCCACGAAUUUCUGGACUUCGUAAUUUGCAUAAGAGCCUGAAUCUUGACGAGCCCACUAGCACCAAGGAUUUGUUGCUCCAUUUGCUUGGCGAAUGGGAAGAGGUUUCCAUGAGGCCAUCGAGUGGCCGCAAGUCCGUGAGCGUCGAUUGGUGCGGUGAGGAAUCUGUAGCUAGGAAGACGAUGAAUUCUUUAGCCGAGUAUUUCCAGUCGAAGCAACAAAAAUCGACGACCGCCAAUGUUAAUUCGCCCACGUCGAAUUCGAUACAUCGUUGAAAUGAUUAACUCGAGUUAAGAUUUGUCACGUCGGAUUUGUUUGUCAUUUUUCUUUUUUUUUUUUUAUUUACGACAAAGGAUGCGUUCGAUUAUUGUGAAAUUCUCAGGGCAGUGUAAGAAAUGGAGGAGGAACGGUGAUGACGACGAAACUUUAUAAUAUGUUAUUUUUAAUGCUUGUGGACGCGACCCUACUUCCGGUUUGAGUGGAGUGUGCAACAGUUUGUAGUGAGUGUGCGUUGAUGUUUACUUGAAUUCAUUUAUGUCGAAUUUGGGUAAACACGUGAGUUCCUGAUUGUUCGUGUUAGAAAGUUUAUUAUGUUCGAUUAGAAGAAAA